GGGGAAAUCACUCUGUAAUAAGUACAGCCGGCUUCAUAUCAUCAUGUCCGACUCCGGUGGUGAACCUGCUGAAACUCUUGCUGGAAAUAAACCUGCAAGUGGUAUCAGCGACGCCGACAAUAAUGAGAAGGAAAAUGAAAGCGAAAUUACGCUUUAUUAUUUUCCCACUUCAUUCUCGUCACAGAAGGUUCUGUUGGCAGCUUAUGAAAAGGGAAUUAAAUUCAAACCUCGGUUAGUGAGUUUGUUUCAUGGACAGCACAUGGAGCCUUGGUAUGUCAAACUCAACCCUGAAGGCACUCAUGUUCCUGUGCUGGUGAAAGGCAACACAAUUCUGAAUGAUCCAGAAGAUAUUAUAGACUACAUUGACACACUCAAAAAUGGUGCCACACUGGUGCCUGAUGUCAACACACCUGAGGGCCAGGCAGUAAAGGCUGCGCGAGAACAACUGAAUGCAGUUGCGGUGGAUGUCAUUACCUAUGGUGUGGUCUUUCAUCCACACCUGUCUGCCUCUGGCUGCCACAUGCCCUCAGCUGUCCAGCGUAGCAUGCGUGAGAACUUUGCACGAAGGCUGCAGUACCUUACACACAAAGCUACGCAGUACCCAGAGCUACGAGACGGGUACCUGGCCAAGUCGCAGACAGCUGCCCACAAGUAUGACAUCAUCACUGAUGAAGAAAAGGUGAAGGGUCAUCUCAGUCACCUUGACUCCUUGUUCCAAGACAUGGAGAAGUUGUUGGCUGCUGCAGAGUCCAAAUCAGGCGCUGGCUGCGAGACGUGGCUGUUCGGACCGACCUUCACGGCGGCGGACAUCGCGUUGUCUGUCUUGCUGCACCGCCUCUUGCUGCUGGGCCUGGAUGCGCGUUUCUUCCCCGCCCACCGCUGCCCCCACACGCACCGCUACAUGCACCAGUUACUGCGUCACCCUCCCUUCUUGCGCAUCCAGAAGGAGGUGGGCGGGCUGCGCUUCACUCUCCUAUGGGAGGACUUAAAAGCUGCUUCACCCUACGUAGCAGUGGCUGCCGGGGUGGGUGUUACUGCGGCCCUGGCCUACUGGCUUCUAAAGCGCGCGCACUAAACAGCAAGGUGCGACAUGCUACACGGCUAGCUCUCAAUGUUCGAUAGCAAGUGAGGCCGACACAACGUACCGCUAGUCUUGCGCGGCUAGCGCUGAAAAACCAGUAUAUGUGACCAGUAUAUACCCGCUGAAAAUCGGUCAUCACCCUUUGAACAUAAAAGCCGCAGUUUUGCAAGACUGGUGUUUGUGUAUGACAUACUUGUAGGUGCAUGUUUACAGCUGUACAGGGUUCCGAGCAACCGUGUCUUGGUUACAAAACUAGACUUGUCUUUGGAACAUCAGUAGCAACAAUAACAGCUUUAAACAAAGGUUGAUUCUUGGGAACCCACGUUAUGGUGUAAACAAGAAAAUCAUAGCGCUAUAAGUCAAGUAUUCCUCGCCUUACACUGCCCAGCCCGAGACUGUGUGAUUGUUUAUAAUGCAAUAACAUUCUAGGCUUAUUUUAUUUCAACUGGCGGAGAGUUUUUUCCUAGCUAAAUCAUUGCAGAGACAUGGUUGGCAUUAGUUUUUUUUUGUUUGUUUUUUUUUUUUAACUUUUCUCUGCAAAGAUAUAGAUAACCCGUGGCGAGGUCGUCUUUGUGCAGCGAGCAUGUGAGCGAGAAGACAAGCCUAAUAAUCCUGCUGUAGAGUGCGUAACCGGAGAUCAGUAGCAUGUUCAGCCUAAACGCCCUUCUACUACAAUGGAGCUUAUUUUCAUCUGUAUGGCAAUGUUUAUUUUUUUAACAUUGGAAUAUUUAUCUAAUCCCUCUACCUUAUACUAACAAGUGGCGUGUGUGUGUGUGAGAGAGAAUGAUUGGACGGGCCAAGAUUCAAACGCGUUAAGGGCAGUGAAAUGAACUGGCGGCCAAGCAUGCGUAACCAGAAAAGUUACGUUCACCUCAGCGUUCAUGGACUGGAGACGGCGGUUUAAGAAAGGAAGCAACGAUUCUUCGAAAACUAGUUUUAAUUAUAAGCAACUCGGAUGACAUUAUAUGGGGCAUUAAAUAAGUGACAAGCUAAUGAGUAGUGUGUGAUAUAUGACUUGCAUACGAUGGCAACAGAAACUUGAUGUAAUCUUUCGGGCACCGCACACGUGUAGAAGCUGGUGCUAAAGACAAAAUAAUGCGCGAGUUCUUCGAUCCAAUAUGUUUGUAUAUUUUCGCUUUGGUUGCUAGAUAUUUAAUUUUCUUCCACUUUUUUUUCCAUCCGUGAAUUUUUGAGUCCUUUAUUUAUUUGUCUUUUGUGCUUUGUUGUUGUUUUUUUAAUGUGGAUGCAACGUGCUUAGCACAUGACCGUGAGGUGGGGAGUUAUUUCCCCUUUGUUGUGCUAUGUGAGGAACAUGAUUGUGAGCUUAUAUAGAGCAUUUUAGUACAUCUUUUAUUGUGAGUAACGUUUAAACACUAGUCAAGAGUUAAAAUAGCUAGACCAAAUAAAUCUGUGAGUUCACCUA